UUGUAGACAACUUCUCGCUAUUGUCGUUUUUUCACAAAAAUGUUGAUGACGUUUGACAGCUGAUAGAAAAAUAGAUAUAAACUUAAUUUAAAAAUUACAAAAUUAAUAUCCUCUAAAUAGGCGCAUGUAAUUUUUCUAUUUUAAAUAUGAAUGAAUCAACAGACUGGCAAAGCAUUGAAAAUGACGAUUUUUUAAAGCAAUUUUUGAGUGGCAAUGAGAAACAAAAUGCUACCAAUCAAUUACUAUCUGUAGCUCAACAAUUGAAUAGAUUGGGAGAAGCUGUUAGUAUUUUAGACACAGAAUUGCAAAAGCAAGUUCUUGCAAAUUACGACGAUUUACUUUCUCAAGCGACAUGGGUGGAAAAACUCGAAGGAGUAUUGGCAAUAAUGCAGAAUCACGUUCAAAGUCUUUUAUCGGCAGUAGAACGUUUACGAGGAAAAGUUGUGGAACCUUUCAACAGAAUAGAAACGCAAACUUUAAUGCUUGCCAGACUUCACGAAACUUCGGAUUUAUUGCGUAAAAUCGGAAGAAUGCAACAUUUGUCAAAUCGAUUAAAUUCCCAAAUGAGUGGCAAUAACAAUGGACCAGAUAUUGUUAAGGCUGCUAAUUGCCUACACGAAUUAGAAUUAUUGAUGUCCGACACGGAUUUAAGUAAUCUAGACAUCAUAGCAGACGAUCAUAAAAAUAUAAAAGCUCACAAAAUAAAAGUUCAAAAAAUGGCCACUCACUCCUUGACAAUAGGACUUCAGAAUAAAGACCGAGGACAGGUAACCGUAGCAGUACAAGUGUUUGAAAAUCUGGGCAUUCUCGAGAGUGCAGUGAAAUCGAUAGAAGUUUCAGCGACUUCUGAAAUUGAGGAUUUCGCAAGAGAAGCUUUGGACGUGUCAUUGGUUAUGAUUCAAGAUCCAGGUAAAAGAGGUGCACCAGGAAGAGCAACGGUACCAUCGCCGGGCUCCUCUGGAAAUUUACGUGUCAAAUUGUGGGAAAAUCUGGAAAAAUUAUUUCAAGAAUCAAUAUACAAUCAAUGCAUUCAAAUGGAAUUGUUGCAGAGGAUUUUACUUGAAAAUCAUUCGAAGAAAUUUGACAAUAUGUCCGAGCCGUUUUGGACAAAAGUCACUAAAAUUGUCGCCAAUAUUCUUGUAGAACGAGCACAAGGAUCCUCUUUUAUAAAACAAGCCUUGGAAGGAGAGUAUCCAAAAUUUUUGAGAAUAUUUUUAGACUUGAGUAAGCAUCUCAAAGAUCGUUCUCAAGCAAUAGGAACAUACAGUGUAGAUCGAAACAUUCUGGCACCUUUUGAGAACGCAUAUUUAUCGCGAUCCGUAUCAAGACUCUUGGAUCCGGUUCAUACAAUGUUCUCCGGAGACGGAACCCCAAGUCAAGAAGAAAUUGACACCUUAAUUCGAACAAUAACCAGUGAAUUAAGUGUCUCGUUAGUGGAUGAGGGUCUAUCGACAAUAGUAUCACGAAAUGUUGGCAAGGCAAUAAGAUUAUUUUGCUUGAAAUGUGAACAAAAUUUAGUGACAGGUGGCGAAGCGAGUCAAGUUAUUGACACAGCAACAACGGGACAGCAGACGAAUGUUAAUCUUGCGAAUCUUUUGUUCUAUUUGUCAGUACAAAUGAAUCGUGUAAUUGCUAAUUUAUCGAGUAAUUUAUCCAGCGAAGGUGCCAUUGUCAUAGCAACUGCUUUAGAAGAAACGAAUAAUUUGUCAAAAAAUAUUCUCUCACCACUAUUAUCAUCAAUUAACGACGCAAUUGAAAGUAUCAUCGUUACAAUGCACGACGAUCCUGAAUUUCGAGAGACCAGCAGUCCUUUGGGACGGGAAAUUGGAUCAUCUCUCUACAUGCGGGAACUUCAGGGAUUCAUUUUGCGCUCUGUGAAUACUUUCCUUGCACCUUACAAAAAUCAAGCAAUCGUUGCCGAUUGUUGUAAAUCUGUCGCUUCAAGGUGUAUAGAAUUAUUCGUGAGACACGCUUGUUUAUUAAGACCACUGACGGAUUAUGGAAGAGCAAAACUUAUUGUGGACUUUACUCAGAUGGAAGUUGCAGUCGCGCCACUUUGCAGAGGAGGACAAUUGGGAUCUCUUGAACAGCAGCAGUACAGAAUUCUUCGCGCAAUGAAAACACUUCUUCCUCUCGAACCGGAAGAAAUUGUCCAAAAAGUUCUUGAAGAUGGUGAAAGUAGUGUUCCACCGUCACUAAUUCUUUUACAUCUAUUUUCAGGAGCACCUUCCGAUUUACCCUCUCCGCAUCAGAGUGCCGGUUGGUCCAUUAAUCGAUUAUCGCAAUGGAUGGACAAUCAUCCAACUGAAAAAGAACGAUUAGCAUUAAGUAAUGGACCACUUCAACGUUAUGAAUUGACAAUUCGACAACGAAAUCUUCCAACAUUCCAUCCUCUAUUCCCCUUGAUGACAAAACUCACGAGUUUCUAUGAGCGUUGAAUUUUUUGAAAACUGCAAUUAUUGUUAUGUUUCUUCCACUUUGAAUAUUUAAAUAAAAAAAACUAAUUAUAAAAA